GUUAUAUAAGAGCCUGAAAUAAGUGACUAUCAAACAGAACUAUUUGAAACUACAAACAAGAACGUGAAAAUGGUAAUGCUAUCCACCUCGUUUAAUUCUACAACAUACGGCUACGACGAAGAAAAGCCGCACGUUACAUUCUUCGAUACAACGCAUCUGACCCCAUCUGAUGUCAAUUUCAGUUCAUCACUUUAUCAACUUAGAACUGCACCACCGCUACAAAAUAACGAACACAUUGGAUACCAACCCUCUACACACUUGACGAACAUAAGUGAAGUAACUCAAUCGAGAACUGUAAUCCCCACAAGCCCCGAUACAGGGCGAAAGUCUCGUCACAGGAGGCCAUUUAAGGACCUCUCUCGUGAUUUGCAAUGCACAGAAGAAGGUUGCGAACGGAAAUACGCGUCGAAAUCAUCGCUAUCAACCCACUACCGCCUCAAGCACUCGCCCGAAGCCAAAGCAAAAGAAUUUGAACGGUUAGAAGCUAUACGGCAUAAGUCAGAGGAGAGACGCACACCGCGGCCCGUGCGUCCCCGAGCAUCGCCCAGCAAUCAAAACCUCGAGUUGAUGAGACAUAAGAGUGCAGGUAGUACGGUGGGUGUAAGAGAUCUCAGCCAUCCCUUCUAUCCCGUUUCUUACAGCUCGCUCACAAGUCCUGUUAACUCGUAUCGUGCCACACAGACACCCCCUCCACAAAUGCCCAUGAGUUACUUUCAACGACAAAUGCUAUUCAACACACCGAGUCCUGGACAACCGCAAAGAACCUCGUCAUUGUCGUUUUCGCCACCGAACUCAACUCUAUACAAUCAAAUGUCCAUGCCAGGGUCACUGCCAAGUUCACAGAGCACCGUACCUAUCGAUAAUUCAUUGUUUGCAUUCAAAGGGACAGUGGGUGGGUUUUUGUCGGAUAAUACUGACUUGACAAAGUCGGCGCAAACGCCGCUAGAGGAUCAACUACUGCUACAAAGUACCAUAGAUGAGCUUUGGGAAUUGGGAUUGGGUACACUGGGUGAUCAAUUCCUCGUGGACCUCAAUCCAAACGCUUGAGGCCUGCUAACAUCGAUUAGUAUUACACACUUGUACCGGGACUUGAAUUAUGUCUGCUAUGCACUCGAUAUCUCUGAAAUGAAUAAACGCACAA